CAAUAAGUUCUGCCGUUGUAUACUCUGUGUUUCCCUUUUCUAAGCUUUCUCUAACCUCUGCCUCACUCUCGGUAUUGAACUUGUAUUUCCACCUUUCAUCAAUUUAAUUUCAGUUCAUCUUGCUUCAUUCAUUCAAUUACCCACUUUCUUUUAUUGGUAUAAACCUCACUAUCUUAAUUCCAGGUACAUUCUAAAUUUCUGAUUCAAUUUUGAAUUUUCACCUGUUUGUUUAUCAUUUUUAAACUCGAAAACUCCAUAUUCUACGAAAAUCAAUUUAUAUACGUUCAAUUGAAUGUCUAAUCAAGAAGAAAUAACUUCUGGGUAUUGCUAAUUGUGAUUUCUAUUGCUUUUUCUUGUUUGGAUUUGUGCCCACCACCUGUUCGAUGAAAUGACAGUGGUUCUGUUUUGCCCUGUUUCAUGGUAUUGGUUUUGAAUGGUUAAAAAGGGUGAAGCUUGAAAUUUGGGAUUAGGGAGAUUUUCUUUGUAAUGAGUAGACCCUUAUUAGCAAAACAUGUAGCAGCUGUUAUAAAACAUCAGAAAGAUCCUUUGAAGGCGCUCGAAACGUUUAAAUCAGUUAAAAAUGAGGAGGGGUUCAAGCAUAAUUUGCUGACAUAUAAAUGUAUGAUAGAUAAGCUUGGUUCAUAUGGGAAAUUUGAAGCUAUGGAGGCUUUGCUUUCGGAUAUGAGAAUGGAUAUUGAUAAUAGGAUUGUGGAAGGAGUGUACAUUGGGGCAAUGAAGAAUUAUGGAAAGAAAGGGAAACUUCAACAGGCUGUUGAUGUGUUUGAGAAGAUGGAUUUUUACGAAUGUGAACCGUCAGUUAUGUCGUAUAAUGCCAUCAUGAAUAUCUUGGUUGAACAUGGUUACUUCAAUCAAGCUCAUAAAGUUUAUUUGAGGUUAAGAGAUAAAGGGAUUUGUCCUGAUGUUUACACCUAUACUAUCAGGAUUAAGUAUUUUUGUAGGACUGAGAAGUUUAAUGCUGCUUUGAGGCUUCUUAAGAACAUGCCUUCUCAUGGGUGCGACGCCAAUGCAGUUGCAUAUUGUACCCUCAUUGGUGGUCUUUAUGAACAAGAAUAUGGAGUUGAAGCGUCAAAGUUGUUUUGUCAGAUGCUUAGCCUUGGACUUUGCCCUGAUAUUUUUACAUUUAACAAGCUGAUACAUGUUCUCUGUAGGAAGGGUGAUGUCCAAGAAAGUCUAAGGCUUUUUAGUAAGGUUUUCAAGCGGGGGACUUCACCAAAUUUGUUUACUUUCAAUAUCUUUAUUGAAGGCUUUUGUGAGAAUAAUUCAGUCAGUGAAGCUACUGGUUUACUGGAUAACAUCAUGACUGAGGGUUUUACUCCAGAUGUAGUGACAUACAACUUACUGAUACGUGGACUAUGUAAAAAUACGGGGGCUGUUGAUGCUGAACGCUAUCUGCAUCAAAUGAUUAAUAAAGGGUUUGAUCCAGAUUCUUUCACAUACAACUCCAUCAUUGAUGCUUACUGCAAACUAGACAUGGUACAAAAUGCAGAGAUGGUACUCCAUAAUGCUAAAUACAGAGGAUUUGCACCUGAUGAAUACACAUAUUGCUCUUUAAUUGAUGGCUUAUGUAAGAAUGGUGAUGUUGAGAGAGCCAUGUUCAUAUUCAAUGAGGCUGAGACGAAGGGAUUGAAGGAAAAAGUUAUUGUGUACAACACUUUGAUCAAAGGCCUAUCACAACAGGGUCUGAUUCUUGAAGCAUUACAGAUGAUAAAUGAUAUGGCGAGAGCUGGUUGCUCCCCCAAUAUAUGGACAUAUAAUACAGUGAUAAAUGGACUAUGCAAAAUGGGUUGCUUGUCUGAUGCGAAUAACCUGGUGGAUGACGCUAUUGCAAGAGGAUGUUUACCUGACAUUUUCACUUUUAAUACUCUAAUUGAUGGGUACUGCAAACAGUUGAAGUUGGAUACGGCGAUUGAACUUGUAGAUAAAAUGUGGGAUCAUGGUGUUACUCCAGAUGUUAUUACAUACAAUACUCUGUUGGAUGGGCUUUGCAAGGCUGCAAAAUUUGAAGCUGUAAUGGGAACUUUUGAAACAAUGGUGGAAAAAGGGUGCAUCCCUAACCGUAUUACAUACAAUAUACUUAUGGACAGCUUCUGCAAGGCUCAUAAGCUAGAUGAAGCCUUAGCGUUGCUGUCGGAAAUGAGGUGCAAGGGUCUGACACCAGAUCUUGUAGUUGUUGGCACAUUGAUAAAUGGUUAUUGCAAGAAGGGUGAUUUGGAUGGAGCAUACCAGCUUUUUAGAAAGAUUUACCAGCAAUAUGGACUUUCACAUACAACAGCAACAUACAACAUUGUGAUCAAUGCAUUUGGUGAAAGACUGAAUAUGGACAUGGCUCAGAGGCUUUUUCAUGAGAUGAUUGAGAAGGGCUGCCCUCCAGACAGUUAUACUUAUCGUGCAUUAGUAGAUGGAUUCUGCAAGGCAGGUAAUGACGAUGCUGGCUACAAAUUCUUCCUGAAGAAGAUUGAGAAGGGAUUUACGCCAUCACUCACAAUAUGUGGAAGGGUACUCAAUUGUCUUUGCUUGAAACAAAAGAUCCAUGAAGCUGUUAAAAUUAUCCACAUUAUGGUGCAUGAAGGUAUUGUUCCAGAUAUUGUGGAGGGUAUUUUCAGCUCUACUAAAAGGGAGAUAGCAGCACCAAAGAUUAUUGUGGAGAACUUGCUAAAGAAGAGCUAUAUAACUUAUUAUACAUAUGAACUCCUAUAUGAUGGUGUUAGAGACAAAAAGCUUUUGAGGAAAAUUCUUCCAUGAAGGUUUCUGAAGUGUCUUCCAGCAGGAUUUUCGUGAGCAUUUGAUAUUGUCAUUUGAUGAUUGCACUAGGAACCUAUGCACAAUUUCCUUCAUAUGCUCCUGGAACACAAAAAACUAUAUCAUGAACGAAGAUGGGGGUCUUUUAUUGGUUGAUUUUUUUUCCUUGGAGAAGCUACCAUGACAUUAGCUAUCAUAAAAGGAUCUCAUUGUUGGAUGGUAGCAGAUGUUCAAAUAGAGGCUAUAUGGAGGCUGGAAACUAAUGCUGUAUCAAUCUGUUUGCUUCCGAGAAUUACAAUCUGUGUACAUGAGAUUCCUUGCUCAACUGUUCACCAGUCAAUGUAUAUGACCGUUUGCCAGAACAUGUUGAAACAAACAGGAGGAAAGCACAAGCUACUCAUAGUUGAAGAGUGCUUGAUCUCCAUGGGUUAGAUCAUCAGGUUACUAUGGCUAACCCAAUUCUCUGCAGCAGCAUGGAUUGAUAGCAUAGCAGAUUCAGACAUUCAAAUUUGGUUCCGCAGCCUAAGCAGAUGCAGCAACCCAUACAGGUAUGCUAGCGGGAAAAGCUCAUAUCUAUCUGCAUGACGAGAUGCAUAUAAUUCUAUCACUCUAUGUUGUGUUAAUUGUAUGCUAUCUAUUGCUAGGGUAUUAGAUAAAUUAGCUGAAUACUGCUUACCACACUUCAGAAAUAACUAGUACUUUGUAAAGUACUUGCUAAGAAUUUAAAAAAUUAGGGCAAAAUUCAAUCCUUGUAAAGCUAUACUUGCUUAGUCAAAACAAUUUUCUGAAUAGUGACUACUACAUGUCUAAAAGAUACUUUUAUUACAAAAUUUAUU